AUGGAGGGGAAUCAGCGCCACGCUAGAGCUAUUGGCACCUAUGAUCAGCUUCAUAUCCAUGGGAAUAGGAUGGGCUUUAGAGCACCAGCUGUGGAGAACAACAACUUUGAGAUCAAAUCCAGCUUGAUCAACAUGAUAGAGAACAACAAGUACCAUGGUCUUGCUUUGGAGGAUCAACUUGAUCAUUUGGACAUGUUUGACAAGUAUUGUGGUUUGUCCAAGACCAAUGGUGUCUCUGAAGAUGCUUUCAAGCUGAGAUUGUUUCCAUUCUCCUUAGGAGACAAAGCUCACACAUGGGAGAAGAACAUCCCAAGUGACUCUAUCACCACUUGGGAUGAAUGCAAGAAGGCUUUCCUCAACAAGUUCUUCUCUACUUCAAGGACUACCAAGCUUAGGAAUGAGAUCUCUGGGUUUCAACAAAAGAAUCUUGAAGGCUUUGGAGAAGCAUAUGAGAGGUUCAGAGGCUACUUAAACCAAUGUCCACACCAUGGCUUCACCAAAGAGAGCUUUCUUAGUACUUUCUACAUAGGUGUUUUGCCUAAGUAUAGAAGCCGGUUUGAUACUGCUAGCAAUGGUUUCUUCUUGGGGAGAAAUGAAGUAGAUGCUGAGGAGCUUGUAGAAAACAUGGUUCAGAGUGAUUCAGCCUACAGUGAUGAGCUUGAUAGGAGCAACAGAGGCAGUGAAAGAGAUUAUCAAGACACAAAGAGAGAGCUGAAGGCUCUACAAGAUAAGAUGGACUUGCUUCUUUCAGAUAGAGCCAAAAAAAAGAAAGUAAACUUUGUUGGUGAUCAUAAACAAGAGGAAAUGGUUGUGAUUAAUGAAGUUGAUGGUCUAGAAGGUCAAGAAGAGCUAUGUUUCGUUAAUGCUAAUGGGACAUGGUACAAGAAGGAGCUUCACUUUCAAUACCAAAACAACUACCAGCAAAAGCCUUUCAACAACAACCAACAAGGAAGUUACCAAGGUAGCAAAAACUACUCUCAAGGUUUCUCCUCCAAAGGAAAUCAGUCUACACAAGGCCAAGCCGGAUCUUCUACUCCUGCUCCAUAA